UUUCCUCCCAAGACAAUAUAAAAGCAAACCCGAGCCCCCUUGGAUCAGUACGAGCAAAACCGCAAAAUGAAGCUAAUCAUCAUUGCUUUGGUUGCCCUUUUGUGCAUCUUUGAAGCCACCACAGCUUUUCCUACAGAUGGAGAGCACGUGCGGGUCAAACGCUUCACUUGUGAUGUCCUUAGCGCCGAAGGGGGCUUCCGGGGCGUCUCCAUCAAGCUCAACCAUGCCGCAUGUGCCGCCCAUUGCCUCUAUUUGAAGAAACGCGGGGGAUAUUGUAACAACAAAGCCGUCUGUGUUUGUCGCAACUGAGUUUUUAUCUCCCUAUUCAAAUAAAUUAUGAUUUUUUUUGCGCA